AUGUCAUACAAGGAGAGACACGAUGUCGCCUUCGCCGCACGCUUCAAGAACAACAAUGAAGGUCACGCUUUGUAUACUCCCGUCAAAAGCUCGGACUUGAGGCCAGGCGCGUGCGGCUAUUUUGACUACGACGGCAAAUGGCAGACAAUCAUCCACCUAACCGAUCAAACCGCUCUUGAAGCAGGCAACUGGCCUCCCGCACCCGACAUUGCGUUGAAGCCUGAUCCGCUCAAGGAGAAUUGGGGGGCAAUGAUAUCGCGCAACGACUUCGAGGUCAACUUGAAAGCGGCAGGUGGCGUCAGCGUCCCCACCGCUCCAGUAGGAGGCACUCUCAAAGCCGAGUACACGCUGAAGUCGUCGUCCGGGGCCAUCCUGGUUGCGGAGGGCUCUGUGACGCACAACGAGCUCACCCCGACCGCAUGUGAUAGUGCCAAAGCAUGGUUUGUGAACAGCGCCGAGCGCAUCUUGAAGAACAAAGACAAGGGCAUCUUCAACUACAUCUGGAGAUCCAUGUUCGAGAAGCGCGGCAUCGAGGAAGAGAAGGGAAUUUGGGUCGUCACGAAGACAUACACGGCCAGUCGGCGCGCGGUGGCUCUGCUUCAAACCAGGGAGUCUUCCGUGUCCUUUGGACUCGAUCUGGGCUUGCAUGGCGCCGGGAUACAGGCACCGGAGGCGGCAUGGUGGACCAGCAACAAGGAACAGGUCUGGAAGAUCGCGCCCGAGACCGCGCAGGAUGGCAGCAUCCCCUUGUUCAUGAGUGGCUGGUACUGGCGGCCCUCGAUGUUCUCGCGCAAACCUGAUCCGACGGCAAAGAAACCAGACCAGAAAAGGUUCCUCGGAGGCCCCGAAGCUGAUAAGCCUCUAACGUUUGUGCUGCCCGUUGAUGACGACGAAGAACAAGAAAUCACGCUGUCCUUGGAGCAGAUAGGGAACUUCGAGGUGAGCGAUGCUAACGAGGAACAUGGACAUGGCGAUACAGAUAGCGACGCCAGUGAGUCUGAAGAGGAAUGA